AUGUUGGGAACACCGCCCCCACCGCAAUCAGGCAGGUCAACGCCCUCAUUUAAGGACAUCGUUCGCGAUGCUAUGAAGCAUUACAAGCACGAGAAGGAGUCAGAGGCCCACCAAAUCUUCCGGAAGGCGGCUGGUCAUACUCCCAAGGGGGUUCUACCGCAGACCGUUAAUCCUGAUGAAGAAACGGUACCUGGCAUUGAGCACCCAGGCAGCACUGGCGUAAUCUACUGCUCAGAUCGUGCCAUGGCCAAUGGGUUCAGCUACUCUAGCUCCCAUGAGUGGGCUAACCUUGGCCAAGGUGCUCCUGAAGUUGGACCCAUACCUGGUGCUCCACCUCGCCCAGACUCCAUCCCAAUGCCCGUUGAUUCUUUGGAGUACGCGCCAACGACUGGUGUAAAAGCCCUACGCGAAGCCGUUGCCAACCUCUACAACGAGACGUACCGGAAGGACAAAACCAGCAAGUACACCUUUGAGAACGUCUGUAUCGUACCGGGUGGCCGCUCUGGGCUGUCCCGCGUGGCUGCCGUCAUCGGGGAUGUCUAUACGAGUUAUCAAAUUCCCGACUAUACUGCAUACGACCAAAUGCUGAGUGCGUUCAAGCGCCUGGUCCCCGUCCCUACAGCCCUUUCUCCCCAACCACGUCUGAACCCGCUAACCACAGACUACUCCCAGAACAAGUAUAAAUUCGAUAUUGAACAAGCAAAGAAAGACAUCCGAAAUCAAGGGGUGGCUGUCAUCCUUGCUUCCAAUCCCCGAAACCCUACUGGACAAGUCAUCAAAGGGAAGGAUCUCAAGGAACUCGUUGGAUUGAGCCGUGAAGGGACAACCCUCAUUUUAGACGAGUUCUAUUCAUGGUACAUCUACCCCGAGAGCGACAGUGACUUGGGAAAGUCGAUUUCAUCGGCGAAGUACAUUGAGGAUGUCAACGCGGAGCCCGUUAUCAUUGUGGAUGGUUUGACCAAGAAUUGGCGCCUCCCCGGGUGGAGAAUCUGUUGGGUGGUUGGCCCCAAGAACCUUAUCACAGCCUUGUCACAGUCAGGCUCUUUCCUUGACGGAGGGGCGAAUCACCCAAUGCAGCUUGCUGCUGUUCCCCUACUCGACCCUGCCCGCGUCCAGCAAGAGAAGGUCGCAUUGCAAAAGCAUUUCAAGGCUAAACGGGACCACGUCCUUCGCCGUCUGCGCGAGCUCCAUCUCGACGUUUCCAUUCCACCUACCAGCACAUUCUACAUCUGGCUCAAUCUGGAAAAGCUUCCCCCACCUCUCAAUAAUGGGCUGACAUUCUUCGAAGAAUUAUUGAAGGAGAAGACAAUCGUGAUCCCAGGGAUCUUCUUUGAUAUCAACCCUGCUCAUCGUCGUAAUCUCUUCAAUUCACCAUGCCACCACUUUGUCCGUUUGUCGUUCGGCCCGCCCAUGGAGGAUCUUGAUAGAGGCCUCGAUGCGAUCGAUAGAGUCUUGAAGAAGGCUCGCCAAUCAGGCAUGCAGGUUUUCGGGCAAGGAUACAAGACUGAAGGCCCUGACGGAACCAGGACUCCCAUGCAGAUAGGUUGA